AUGUCCCAGCCGGGCCCGAAGCCCGCCGCCUCCCCGCGGCCUCGGCGCUCUCCCCGCCACACCCAGGAGCAUGUCAGUGGAAAAACCAGUGGAUCGUCUUCCAAGUCAGGAGAAAAGAAAGGAUCAGAUGAGAAAAAAGCAACAGGCCUUGGGAGCAGUCAGCCCUCCAGAACUCAGUCUGGUGAAAAAGCCCCAGUCACCAAGGUGGCUGCUUCCUCUGCCUCCGCCAGCAAGUCUUCCAGUAUGAAUCCCACAGAAGCCAAGGCUAUUCCAGGCAGCAAACAGCUGGAAGGACCGCAUUCUCCUAACAAGAAAAGACACAAAAAGCAGCCUGUAAAAACAGAGCCUGAGAAGAAGCCACAAUCAUCUAAGCCAUCUGCGGUUCACGAGAAAAAAGCCCAAGAAGUAAAGCCAAAGGAACACACAGAGCCAAAAAGCCUACCCAAGCCCUCCUCAGAUACCGGCAGCAAGCAUGCUCCUAAGGAAAAAGCCGUUUCCAAACCAAGCGAGCAGCCACCAUCAGAGAAAUCAACAAAACCAAAGACCAAGUCACAGGACAAGAUUCCUGGUGGUGGCAAGAGCGCCGUUCCUGCUGGUGUCGCUGCAGCGUCUGCCGAACCAGCUGACAAGAAUAAAGAAAGUAAAUCGUUAAUAUCAGCUGUACCAGCUGAAUCCAAACCAAGUAAACCGUCUGGAAAGUCAGACAUGGAUACUGCUCUGGAUGACUUGAUAGACACUUUAGGAGAACCUGAAGAGACGAAAGAAGAUAAGACAGCAUAUACUGGACCAGAAGUUUUGGAUCCAAUGAGUUCUACCUACAUAGAAGAACUGGGUAAAAGAGAAGUCACACAGCCUCCAAAAUACAGGGAACUUUUGAAUAAAAAAGAAGGGAUCGAAGCCCCUCCUCCAGACUCCUUGAAACCCCUGGGGCCCGAUGAUGCCAUUGAUGCCUUGUCAUCAGACUUCACCUGCAGUUCCCCUGCAGCUGAUGGAAAGAAAACUGAGAAGGAGAAAUCUACAGAAGAGGCUUUAAAAGCUCAGUCAGCUGGGGUAAUCAGCAGUGCUGCUCCACCCCAAGAGAAAAAAAGGAAAGUGGAAGAGGACACCAUGACUGAGCAGGCCCUGGAGGCCCUGUCAGCCUCCCUGGGCACCCGGAAGCCAGAGCCGGAGCUUGACCCCGGCUCAAUUAAGGAGGUCGAUGAGGCAAAAGCCAAGGAAGAGAAAGUAAAGAAGUGUGGGGAAGAUGAGGAAACAGUCCCGUCGGACUAUAGAUUAAAACCGGCCACGGAUAAAGAUGGAAAACCACUCUUGCCAGAACCUGAAGAAAAACCCAAGCCCCUCAGUGAAUCAGAACUCAUUGAUGAACUUUCAGAAGAUUUUGACCGGUCUAAGUGUAAAGAAAAACAAUCUAAGCCAACUGAAAAAACAGAGGCGUCUCCGGCCGCCGCCCCCGCGCCCGUGGCAGAGGACGUGCCUCGGACUUCCAUGUGUUCCGUGCAGUCGGCUCCGCCCGCGGCAGCUCCCACGAAGGGCAUGGUGCCAGAUGAUGCUGUCGAAGCCUUGGCUGGAAGCCUGGGCAAAAAGGAAGCAGAUCCAGAAGACGGAAAGCCUGUGGAGGAUAAAGUCAAGGAGAAAGCCAAAGAAGAGGAUCGUGAAAAACUUGGUGAAAAAGAAGAAACAAUUCCUCCUGAUUACAGAUUAGAAGAGGCCAAGGAUAAAGACGGAAAACCACUGCUGCCAAAAGAGGUCAAAGAACCGCUCCCACCCGUGAGUGAAGACUUCCUCCUGGAUGCUCUGUCCGAGGACUUCACUGUCCCCUCAGACAUGUCAUCGCCUCAAUUUGAAGAUGCUAAACUUUCAGCUGUCGUCUCUGAAGUGGUUUCCCAAACCCCAGCUCCAACCACCCAGGCGGCUGGUCCACCCCCCGACACUGCGCGUGACAACAAAGAACUUGACGAUGCCCUGGAUCAACUUUCUGACAGUCUCGGGCAAAGACAGCCUGAUCCAGAUGAGAAUAAACCCGUAGAGGAUAAAGUCAAGGAAAAAGCCAAAGCUGAACACAGAGACAAGCUGGGAGAAAGAGAUGACACCAUCCCACCUGCCUACCAGCAUCUUUUGGAUGAUGACAAGGAGGGCACACCAGGGAAGCCAAAGGCAUCAAAGAAACCCAAGGCAUCAGAGAAGCCUGCAGGUGCCCAGGACCCCAUUGACGCCCUCUCAGGGGAUUUUGACAGCUGUCCCUCGGCUACAGAAACCUCAGCAAACACAGCAAAGGACAAAGACAAGAAGCCUGCUGCCAAUGCCAAAGCGCCCAGGAACGGCGGGAAAGCCAAGGAUUCCACACAAGCAAAGGAGGAAACUUCCAAGCCCAAAGCUGAUGGAAAAAGUACAAGUUAA